AUGUUGAAGUUUGGAAUUAAAAGUGCUGUUCUUGGCUCAGCUGUUUAUUAUACAGUUGAAAAGGGCGUAUGGAAAGAUAGCGCCACUACUUCUGCUUUGUACGAGGAGCUCGAACAAGGUAUUUCGCCAUAUGUCGGCGAACUUAAAAAACAAAUACCUUAUGAGAUGCCUGCACUGCCUUCGAAUGAUAGAUUUUCUUACCUAUUUAAACAUUAUUGGAACAAUGGUGUGAAAACAACAUUCCGUUUCCUAAUAGAUCUUCCUACUCACACCAGUAAUGCUGUGGCAAAGUCAUAUGAAUUGAUUGUCUCUACAUUAGAAGCUGAAGAAAGCAGUUCAACUGCUAGUCAAGAAAACAAAUGA